GCUCACUUUCCUUCGCGGAGCAGACAAGUUGGUUCCACAUUUUUUAAUGUGAAACAAAACUUGCAUCUUGUUUUUGUUUUUUUACCCCUGACAUUGCCAUCAAUAUGGAAAUGAACGGCAGCGCUGACAGAGAAAAUGGAGGGGGGGUCCCCCAUACAGGUGUCUGGCAUGGUGGCAGCCCCUCUGCUCUCCUGAACAUGAACCACUAUGCCAAUAAGAAGAGUGCAGCAGAGAGCAUGCUGGACGUAGCCCUGCUCAUGGCCAACGCUUCCCAGCUGAAGGCUGUCCUGGAGCAGGGGCCAGACUUCUCCUUGUACACUCCCCUCAUCACUCUCAUCAGCAUCUCCCUCAGCCUGCAGGUCACUGUGGGGGUCCUCCUCAUCUUCAUCGUGCGGUGGAACCUGAAUGACCAGAGUAAACACUUCAGGCUGAAUGUAAUGGAGAACCUGGCCACAGGCCUCGUCUUCGUCAUCGUAGUAGUCAACGUCUUCAUCACUGCCUUUGGAGUACAGAAACCCAAUCAGAAAGCCUGACCAGGACACAGAAAUGCAUCACCACCCCCUUAGGUACACACACACUUUCUCUCUUCUCCCCUCUCUCAAACUCAAACAGGAAUUGUUUGUACUUUCCCCCAAUAGUUUGUCCAUGACUCAGCAGCUGUCCUGUUCUCCGUAUCUCCUGACCUUCCUAAACGCCCAUGCUCCCCCAACCUGACCCAUAAAUACGCACUGUUCCAGGACUCGACAGAAACUUCCACUAGAAAACACCCCCCAACAAAACUCAACUACUGUCUUUUUACCAGUCCAGAACCCCUUUGUCCCGAUGAGAGAGAGGUUUGCUUUCAUAAACAACACUGUGUGUUUGUGUAGGAGACCAACAGGAAAACAGAGACAACAGCCAGGGAUCAUGUGACCUCCGUGUCUGCCUCCUGCCCUGUACUGUAGUUAUCCCCAGCAAGCAAGCACACACACUUUCCCUAUCUCUCGCUCACUCUCACACACAAAUACUCCAAGCCACAGCAUUGAGGAAGGCUGAGCACCAAAUGUAAAUUUUUUAUCACAUUUAUGAGGUGAAAGGAGGACGUCAUGGGUCUUGCUCAGACAGCCUGGGCCACUGUGCCUGAAGGGUCUGAAGAGCACAUGUAUGGAAAAAGAGUCUGUGCCUCACUCUCAAAACAUAGAGAACACAUUCAUUCAGCUUGUGUCGUAGUCUCGUAGUAUGCUGCAUUUACUGCAUUUAAAUAGAACAAAUCGUUGCAGCAUUGAGCAGCAGUUGAUGUGAAACUUGAUCAAUAAAAGAGCUAGCAUUGCACUACAUCAAGGAUCUGCAAUAUCCCGGCUAGAUGUGCCACUGAUAAUCUUGUCUCAGACCAAGACACAUAGAAGAGCUGUGAGAAGAGUGCAUGGUUAUUUUGGCUGUGUAGUGACUCACUAUCAUCAGAUGCAGAUAGAGAAAGAACUGCUCAUUAAAGCUGAGGCCUUGAUUAGACUCAGUACUGUUACCGCAUACACAAUUAACAUCUCACUUUCUCAGACUCUGUACAUCCUUGUACCAUUCCGUCUCCAGUAUUGAAUACACAGCUCAUGGUGAAGAAUUUCAUUGGUUAGCUUAAUGUAAUAGAAAUAGCUAAAAAAAAUAAUCUAGUUUGACGGUUCUGUUCUUACCGCUGAAAAUAAGGUCAUAUGGCAUUGUAAUCCUAGGUUUGGCAGGGACUCUCAUAACUACUAUUGUAGCUUGAUGGAGUCUGAGGGAACAUGACAUCAUAAACUAAUGAUACAUUCCCCUUUCUUUCUCAUAGCUUCCAUUGCUAACCAUGGAAUCACACAGACAGACCAUGAUCCAGAUAGUGACACACAAAUCCACUAACCAGGACAAUAGACAGAUCUAUAAACAUUUUGUAUAUCUAUUGCCCUCAUGCACUGUAUCUGGCUCUAACUCAGUGUAAUACCCCUGAGUUGGUUGGAGGAGUCUGGAAUGAAAAGAACUUCUGAAGGAUUUCAUAUUCAGAUGCGCUUCAUCAUCAUCAUGGCUGCAGAUCAUUCUAAGUGGGAUUAAUAGCUGUCUGUCUGUUGGGACUGGGAGUACUGGGAUUCAAACAGAACAAUCACUCUAGUGACACCCUCCCCACUCCCUCACCCCUCCAAUCCGCCACUCACCCCUCCUCCCCAUCUGCUCUUUGAUCUGGGUCUCCCUACAGACAGAAACAGAUAUAGAAACACACAGCUCACUGAAGCAAAGCUACUGAGAAUAGACACCAGGACUCUUAACUGCCACAGAGAAUCAUCAUCUACCAGACGUCACUCAUCAUCUAUCUUACUGUAACCAGUAAGGGUACUAGAGAAGAUUCCAUAGAGAAAUACACAUGUUCACUUGAACUGCAGAAUAGUAACCACACCUGUCGUGUAAAGCUGCUAUGGCACUUGUGAUCAUCUUCAUAGCAGCUCAUUUCAUAACCUCUUAUCUGGCCUGCAGAUGUCUCUGGGCUAGGUCAUGAGUGCCCUCUAGUGGUAUUUUUGGUGCUAUUGCAAUGAUGUGAGAUCUUUGUAUUACAUUGUCAGGUUACCACUCUCACAGAUACGUCCUGCUCUGGUAAUAAAUGAACAUCCAAAAAGCACCAUACUGCCUGAAGAAGUGCUACUGGCUUCUGUAAUGUGUAAGUAUUUAAUUUAAUUUUAAUUUUACCUUUAUUUAACCAGGCAAGUCAGUUAAGAACACAUUCUUAUUUUCAA